UACCAACAAUUUCUGGCCAAACGAUUUCUACAUCCAUCACUUCUACACCCACCACUUCCACACCUACGACAUCUACACCCACCAUGUCGCUACCAACGAUUUCUAGCCCCACUAUUUCUUCAUCCAUCACUUCUACACCCGACUCUUCCACACCUACGACAUCUACACCCACCAUGUCGCUACCAACAAUUUCUAGCCCCACUAUUUCUUCAUCGACCACUUCUACACCCACCACUUCCACACCUACGACAUCUACACCCACCAUGUCGCUACCAACAAUUUCUAGACCAACUAUUUCUUCAUCAAACCCUUCUACGCCCGCCACUUCCACACCUACGACAUCUACACCCGCCAUGUCGCUACCAACAACUUCUAGCCCCACUAUCCCUUCAUCCACCACUUCUACACCCACCACUUCCACACCUACGACAUCUACAUCCACCAUGUCGCUACCAACAAUAUCUAGCCCCACUAUCCCUUCAUCCACCACUUCUACACCCACCACUUCCACACCCACUCCUAACGGAUACAAUCUUUCACCACCCAUAACAACCUCCAUACCAACAGGUGCUAUACCCAACCUUCCUACGCCGAUAAAUUCUACGCCCACCACUUUUAUUCCCAACACUUCCACACCCACGACUUUUACACCUACCACUUAUACAACCUCCAUGCCCACCUCUCAUACGACGAUAACUUCUACGCCCACCUCUUCUAUUCCCAACACUUCCACACCCAUCAUUUCUACACCCACUACUUAUACAUCCACUCCUAAAGGAUACAAUCUUUCACCAACCACAACCACUUCACCAUCCACCAGGAUACAAUCUUUCACCAACCAUAACCACUUCACCACCCACCAGUACUAUACACGCCUCUCCAACCCCGAUAACUUCUACGCCCAUUACGUUUACACCCAUCACUUCUACACCCACGACUUCCACACCUACGUCAUCUAUACCCACCAUGUCGCUACCAACAAUUUCAAGCCCCACUAUUUCUUCAUCAACCAUUUCUACACCCACCACUUCCACACCUACGACAUCUACGCCCACCAUGUCGCUACCAACAAUUUCUAG